AUGCCCAGCGCCGUCCCUCUGCAGGCACGCCGCGCCGACGCCGGCGAUGGUGACGAUCCCGAAGGCGAGGGCGAGGCCCAGUGGAGCACCAAGGACAUCUACUGGCGGGGUCAGCCCGCCAAGAUCAUCACCCAGAACCGCAACGGACCGUGCUCGCUCAUCGCCCUCUGCAACGUCCUCCUCCUCCGCGGCGAGGUCCACCUGACGCCGCCCGACCGCCCCGUCGUCAGCUACUCGUACCUCUCGCAGCUCCUCGCCGACCACCUCCUCGCACGUUCCGCGUCCGACCCCUCGCUCGACCUCGGCGCCGCGCUCUCGAUCCUGCCCCGAACCCAGCGCGGCCUCGACGUCGACGUCUGCUUUGCCUCCCACGACGCCUUCUCCACCACCCGCCCCGCCGCCGACGCCGACGCUCCCAGCCCAAGCGACCAGAGCGACAGCGGCGCGGGGGAGCUCGCCCUGUUCAAGCUCUGCGGCGUGCCCCUCGUCCACGGCUGGCUCGCCGACCCCGCCGAUUCCCAGGCCUACCAGGCCGUCCUGCAGGCGGGCAGCUACAACCGCGCCGUCGACGUCGUCGUCCAGGGCGACGAGAUUGCCAAGGGCGCCGUCGUCCAGGAUCGCGGCGUCGGCGCCCUGGCGAGUCAGCUCGAAGCCGCCUCCCUCUCCAAGGCACCUGCUGCCGCGCACGGCGACGGCGCCACGGCGGACCCCAGCUCCUGGUCCGAGCACGAGGCCGCCCAGGUCCACCAGGCCCUCGUCGUCCAGCAGUUUCUCGACUCGACAUCGACCCAGCUCACCUACCACGGCCUGUUUGUGCUGGCGCAGGCCAUUCAGCCCGGCCAGCUCGUCGCCCUCUUCCGCAACUCGCACGUCUCGGUCCUCUACUGCCGCCUGCCCGACGAGGGCGGCGCAGAUUCCGAUGCCACGCCCAACCUCUUCACCCUGGUGACCGACUCGGCCUUUCUGAUGGAGGACGAGAUCGUGUGGGAGAGCCUGGUCGACGUCGACGGCGCGUCGAGCGAGUUCUUUGACGGCAAGCUGCGCAAGGCCACGGUCCGCGGCGGCGGCGACUUUGUCGGUGGCCGCCAGGAGGGUGGCCUCGUCGACGGCAGCGGCGGGCCCACGUCCCAGCAGAUCGAGGACGCCGACUAUGCGCUGGCCGUCCAGCUGCACCAGCGAGACCAGGACCGGCUGGAGGAUGCGAGGCGCAGGCGCCAGUUCCGCAACGGGGCCGGAGGCGGCGUCGUCCCCCGGCCGGGAAUGGGGCAAAGGCCACAGGGCAAUGCACCUGGGUCGUCGUACGACGGGCACCGGAUGGGAGCGCACAAUGGCUACGAUCCGGGCUACGCCGCAGCAGCGGCGGCCGCAUCCGCGCCCAUCGUCCCUACCGAGGUGUUUACCACGAUGCGGUACCAGGUGCAGCCGGUCCGGGCCGACGGCGCUGCGGUCGGAGGGGCUUCCCUGAUCGACAUGGACGGCACGGCGCAGGGUCCCAUCUCGCGAGCCGAUGCCGAUGCGCUCGUCGACGCGAUGCUGCCCGACGAGCUCGUUCGCCGCAAGAAGAUCGGAGCAGCGGCGCCGGCGACGGCAACGGCAACGGCGAUGGCCGGACCGUCUGCGCCCAGCACGAACCCGUUCCUGGCGGAGGGCGAGAUUGUGCAGCAGCCCGUCGUGGCUGUGCCUGUCCCGCCAACGAACCCGUUUGCCCCCGCGAUGGCCGCCGCAGCUGCUGAAGAGGCUGCGCCGCUCGACCCGGUCGUGGCUUCGCACCGCCUGGCCCGCCACGUUCCGCUCCUCUCUGCGCAUCUCGAGCGCCUCGAAGUCUCGGCGGGCGCCAUGUGCCGCAUCUACCCGCAGGCGUGGUCGGCGACGCUGCUCAAGCAACGCCGCGUGCUGGAAAAGCAAGAGAUCCUGCGCGCCAUCGACGAGGCCGUCUCGAGCGCACCGCCGGGCGGCAGCGAGGUGCGCGGCAUCCGCGUGGCCAUCAAGCGCGGCGGGCGCAUCGAGGUGCACCUGCGCGACCUGACGCCGUUCCCGUCGUCGUCGAGCCUGUCGGGCGACGCCGACGGCGGGCUGGCGGGCCGAGCGCCGGCGCCGAGCGUGCGCAUCGACACGGAGCCGACGCGCGUGCGGAUGCUGGACCUGGAGCCGGUCGUGUUCAACAAGACUGACGCGCGCGGCUUCUACGAGGCGGCCAAAGUGCGCGCGUCGGCCGACCCGUCGGUGCUGAGCGGCGUGCGGCCCGAGGACGGGCGGUGCUUUGACGUCAUCCUGUGGACCGAUGAGGCGCUCGAGGGCGUGCAGGGAGGGACCCCAGCCGAUGCGGGCGCGAGCGCGAGCGGUGCCGAGGCGCAGGUGACUGAGAGCAGCAUCGCAAACGUUGUCGUCGAGCUGCUCCCGCCCGGUAGCGGCGCGGGUGCCCCCUCGCGGUUCGUGACGCCGCCGACGCAGCUGGGCAUGCUUGACGGCCCGCUCCGGCGUCGCCUGGUCGACGAGGGGCUGAUCGACGAGGAGGCCGUGGCCGUGUCGCGGCUGCGUGCGCUCGUGGCGCGCGGCGAGGCGCGGGUGUGGCUGUGCAACUCGCUGCGCGGCGUGUGGCAGGUCGAGCUGGUCGACAAUCUGGCCUUUACGCUGCCUCCGGCCGGAUCCCAGGGUCAGGCGGCCAUGGCGCCGCGUCGGCGCGACGAGAACGGCGGCGAGGCCAAGAAGCGCUUCAGCAGCUUGAUGCGCAAGAACGGCAACGGCGGCACUGGGGCCGGGGCCGGGGCCGGGGCCGGGUCCGGGGCCGGGUCCGCCGAGACUGACCUGACGGGCGGCAAGAAGAAGAAGGGCGCCAAGGGCAAGGACGACAAGUGCGUCGUCAUGUAG